GUAGCCAUAAAAAGAGAAUGCAGCAGGGUAAGAGAGAGAAAAUUCAAACAACAUUAAUUUUCUCGUCUCCCAAACAAGAUCACAGAACCCUUUUUCCUACAUUUUAAAUCCGUUUGAAUCUCACAACUGCCACCGGCAAAAGAGAGUUCCUGCAUUGCUGUGCGCCAACAGGGCCUUAGAUCUGAAUGAGAACCCACAUUCUCUGUAAGUCGGUCCAAACCCCUUUUUCUUCUUCUGCUCUCAAUUUGAUUACAAUGUCUUUGUGGUUUUUUAUGUAUUUGGGGUUCAGAGAAUGCGCAUUCAUAUUCUAGAUCUUCAACUGUAAAUGUAGUGGAUUUUGUUUGGGGACUAAUAUAUGAUAUAAGCUUCAAUUGGAUUCAAAUUUCGAAAGAAGAACAAAAACAAUGGUGUUCUGGGAAGGUUAUGUGAGUGAUGAGGUAAUGGGGACUUUUGCCCCAAUUGUGGUUUACUGGUUGUAUGCGGGGGCUUACCAGUUGUUGCCGCCCUUGGACAAUUACCGAUUGCAUUCAAGAAGAGAGGAAGACGAGAAGAACUCAAUGCCUCUCCCCUCUGUUGUUAAGGGUGUUUUGCUUCAACAGCUCGUCCAGGCCACCGUUGCUCAGGGGCUCUUCUUGUUGACCUCGAAGGCAAAUAUCUCCGGGGUCACAAUUCAGCCCUCGAUACCUGUGCAGAUUGUCCAGAUUGUUAUCGCAAUGCUAGUAAUGGAUACAUGGCAGUACUUUGUGCACCGCUACAUGCAUCAGAACAAGUUUUUGUAUCGCCAUGUCCACUCUCAGCACCACAGACUCGUUGUUCCAUAUGCAAUUGGAGCCCUAUAUAAUCACCCACUUGAGGGUCUCUUGCUCGACACUUUUGGCGGGGCUCUCUCGUUUCUAGUCUCAGGGAUGACAGCACGAACGGCUGUUAUAUUCUUCUGCUUUGCCGUGAUUAAAACUGUCGAUGAUCACUGUGGGCUUUGGUUGCCUGGUAAUAUAUUCCAUCUUCUAUUCCAGAACAACACUGCUUAUCAUGACAUACACCAUCAACUUCAAGGCUUGAAGUACAACUAUUCCCAGCCAUUUUUCCCGAUAUGGGAUAAACUUUUUGGCACCUACAUGCCGUAUAAUCUUGUCAAGAGACCUGAAGGGGGGUUUGAAGCGAGGGCAAUGAAGGCAAUGAAAGACAGUUGAAUCACAGCAGUUUACUAAUUGAAGCUCACUUCACGCUGAGAAAUUAUUUUGCUGAGGCGUCGGUCGCUCAUGGAAAUCUGAAUUAGAAUCGUGAUAUCGAGGCUCUGUUCUAGUCUCUAGCAGGAGGGUUUGGUCGUUCGGGUUAGUCCUUUUCUGGUUGUGACAGUAAUUUUCUCUUGGUUUGGUUGUGUUAAUUCCACCAACCUGCCUUAUGCAUUGUAAUUGUGAGAUUCUGGCUUUCUAAUUUGUAGCAUAUUUUGUUCAUUGUUAUUAAACACUGGUUUUAAGGGGCAUAAGAGGCCUUUCCAGACCUCGUUGAUGUACUUGUUUGUAUGUGCCUUCAAAGAAUUCAAUUAAACGAA